AUGAAGAACGGCGUCGUUCGGAGAUGAGUUUUCUUUUUCAUAUCAUCGAAACCCUAGUUGUAUAAGUGCCUCCGCUCCUUCGUUUGCUGCACACAGCCUCUUUCUAUCUCUUGCUCGCUCUCUUCGUCUCCGCGACCCGGUCCGAUGGCUCCAAAGAAAGACAAGGCUCCUCCACCCUCCUCCAAGCCUGCCAAAUCUGGCGGUGGGAAGCAGAAGAAGAAGAAGUGGAGCAAGGGAAAGCAGAAGGAGAAGGUGAACAACAUGGUGCUUUUCGACCAGGGUACCUAUGACAAGCUCCUCUCCGAGGCUCCCAAAUACAAGCUUAUCACCCCCUCCAUUCUCUCCGACCGUUUGAGGAUCAGUGGAUCACUUGCAAGGAGGGCAAUCAGGGAAUUAAUGGCGAGAGGUUUGAUUAGGAUGGUUUCUUCACAUUCAAGCCAGCAGAUCUACACACGGGCAACAAACACCUAGUCUUCACCCCGGUGGUUUGGUGGUUUUAUGUAGUGUUGUUGAGUUUGGGAGCUUUUAUCAUUUCUAUGUUAUGACAUUCCUUCUGGGUCAUCUACUAUCUGCUAGAGUGAGUACAUCAGCUUAGUUAUAGACUAUCUGCUAUCUCCGAAUAAAAAAAAAAAAAAAAUAGUUUUGGAUCAUCUGCUAUCAUAUAAUCGGGAUCAUAUGGAGUGAUUGAGAAUUUUAUAUUCGUGUUUUUCUUCAGAAUAGCAUCAAUUCGUAGAAUGGAAAUUCGAUGUUA